AUGCAGGUUGUAAGAAACGCGGGGUUUUGGCUCUUGCGGUUAUGGGCUUGGCCACCGACGACCAGGGUCGCCGUGGCCGGAGUGCCGACCCCCACCAUCCACACUAGCGCCCAGCAGAUGCAAGACGCAGCGGCCAAGCCGGAAGUUGAGAAGGCGAAGGCGAAGGCUCCGGCGCCAGCUCCGAGGCACAGCAGCUUCAGCAUUUACCCUCCAAUUCCAGGACAAGAGAGUUCUCUGAGGUGGGCAGGAAAGAAAUUUGAGGAGAUCCCAAUCGCACACAUCAAAGCAUCGUACAACAACACACAGAUCCAGGUAGUCUCUGCUGCUCACCAGCCCCUUGCCCGCGCUUCCUGUGGCACGGAGGGGUUUCAGAAUGCCAAGAAGGGCACAGGCAUUGCAGCGCAAACAGCGGGCAUAGCUGCUGCGGCGAAAGCUACAGGGAAGGGUGUGACCCACGUCCGAGUUGUGGUUAAAGGCCUGGGGCCAGGGCGCUUGUCUGCCAUCAAGGGACUGACCAUGGGAGGCCUGGAAGUGAUCUCAAUCACAGACAACACCCCCAUCCCGCACAACGGCUGCCGCCCCAGGAAGGCUCGGAGGCUGUGA